GAACAUGAUCUCAUUCUUUAGCUGCACCAAACAUAUAUAAGUCAAGCUUGUCUGCAGCACUGCAGUAGAGACUUGAAACUGAUCGCUUUGGGAUAUUGGCACUAACCAAGGAGUACUACAGGCUGCUGACAACAUGGGGAUGCUAAGAGUUGAAGAGCUGGUCACUGGCAAAAAAUGUGAGGGCAAAGAGACUGGAGAGGGCCUGACGGAGGAGUUCGCAGAGGGAGAAUAUGAGUCUGUUGUCACCAGAGAAAAACAAGAUGAUCUUAAAUCACAUGAAGGCCUGUCGUUGAUACAGAAUGACAUUGCAAAAAGGGAGAAAAAAGAGAAAGAAAUUAAGAUAUAUAAAGCACAUGAACUGAAGCUUGAAACUCUGGAUGACCUUCAAAGCAUUGUCAAGCUAAAGAAGAAAAAGAGAGUGAAGAGAGUGCCAGCUCUCAACAAGGAACCGGAGCCAGAAAUCAUACCAGACACAGUGGAUGUAGCAACUUUCUUGAAAGCAGCCGUGGAGAACAAAUUACCAGUGAUUGACAAAUAUCUUGCCGAUGGUGGUGAUCCCAAUGUCUAUGACAAGUUUGAAAGAACGGCUUUGCACAGAGCAUGCUCAGAAGGUCAUGUGGAAGUUGUGAAAAGACUAUUAGAUGCUGGAGCUCUGAUUGAGAAAAAGGAUAAGCUGGAAUCCACUGCUGUCCACUGGGUAUGUCGAGGAGGGUGUUUGCCAGCUUUGGAAAUACUGCUGAACAAAAAUGGGAAUCUCAAUGCCAGAGACAAGCUGCGUAGUACUCCUUUGCAUGUUGCAGUCAGAACUGGACAUUAUGAGUGCGCUGAACACCUCAUUGCAUGUGGAGCAGACAUCAACGCCCGAGAUUUAGAAGGAGAUACACCAAUGCACGAUGCUGUGAGAUUAAACAGAUACAGAUUAAUCAGGCUACUGCUUAUCUACGGAGCCAACCUGAACGUAAAGAACUGCGAAGGGAAAACCCCCCUGGAGAGCGUACUUCAGUGGCAGAGUGGAACAAAACACAUCUUGAACAGCCAUACAGAAGAGCCAUAAGUUGUAUAAAGCAAUGCGUGGCAGUGAACAUCAGAUCUCCUGCCUACAAAGACUCUGUUGUGUUGCAACUUGGUUAACACUAAAAGCAUUAGGAGCACCUACAAAAACCAAACAAUUUACAUGCGAGACUUGCUUCCACAUUUAUCGACUGACAGGCAGGCUAUGAAACAACAGGCCGUCUGUGAGAUUUAUAAAGACUAACCUUGUGGCCGAUUUGUUUCUUCAAAAUCACGAGUACCUGCUGAUAAAUGAAGGUUUUGGAUUGUGUCUAUAUAAAUUCAAGGAAAGGCAAUGCCGUAACGAAAUGGCUUUCAUGUAAGAACCUUCCACGAAGAAAAUAAGAUGGAUAAUGUGAUUGUGAUAAUCUCUCCUCUGCUAAAGCUUUCUUUAAAAAGAAUACACUUUUACACCAAAGUGAAACUCCAAAACUGGUUACUUAUUUUUACAGUGAUUACUGUUACAUUUAAAUAGAUCCUAACAGAAUCAUUAUGAACCCUGAAAUGUCUCAUUCACAUUAAAAUCAUUGUUGAAAACAAGGGAGAGUGACAGUCAAAGUGAAAAUGAAUGUAGAAGCUGGAAGAGAGGACGUUGGAGAAGAGAAGACUUUAAUGGGCUUUGCAAUGACAAGGCCUUUGGAAAGUAAUGCACUUACUGUACCCAAUGUAUUUUUAUACUACUUCAUGUAAAGUUUAUAUGUAAAUUUUGCUUAUUUAUUGUGAUGACAAUAAACAGCACUGCAGUUUUAA